GGACGAGGAGAGAGGUAGGACAUUAAUAGGUAAUCCCCAGAAAAGAGGACAAAAGACGGCUGAAAAAUCAUCCACGGCUGGUUCAAAAAAGAUAUUUCCUUUUAAAACAUGGGCCCUGCUACACUGAGCCUUGGAGUGUGUACGUCUUGCCUGAGAGGAAGGUUAAAAGGCUUAGUUGCACCUAAGAAAUGGCAGUGCCUUACAGGAAAAAGAGAAGUAAGAAGCAUCUACAGUGAAACUGGCAAGUGGGACAAAGAAUAUGCAGUGGAGAGCAGAAGGAGGCUAGAAAAAUGGUGGAGACCGAAAGUAAAAGAAAGAUUCACAACUAUCAGUGAUGUUGAUCUCUCAAAACCAAAGUUCUAUGUUCUGUCUAUGUUUCCAUAUCCCUCCGGAAAACUUCACAUGGGUCAUGUUCGAGUCUACACCAUAAGCGACACAGUAGCUAGAUUUCAGAAGAUGAGAGGCAUGCAGGUAAUUAAUCCAAUGGGAUGGGAUGCUUUUGGCCUGCCUGCUGAAAAUGCAGCUAUAGAGCAUGGACUUAAACCAGAUGCCUGGACCUACAGUAACAUUGAGCACAUGCGGAAACAACUUGAUAGAAUUGGCCUUUGCUUUAACUGGGAUAGGGAAAUUACUACAUGCUCAGAAGAUUACUAUAAAUGGACUCAGCACCUCUUUGUUAAGAUGUAUGAAGAUGGACUUGUUUACCAGAAGGAGGCCUUGGUUAACUGGGACCCAGUGGAUCACACAGUUCUGGCUAAUGAGCAGGUGGAUGAAAAUGGAUUUUCCUGGCGCUCUGGAGCAAAAGUCGAACAAAAGUAUCUGAAACAAUGGUUUCUCAAAACAACUGUAUUUGCAAAGGCUAUGCGUGAUGCUCUAGAUAAUCUACCAGAGUGGUAUGGUGUGAGAAGCAUGCAGUCAAAUUGGAUUGGAGAUUGUAGAGGCUGCUUUUUUGACUUCAUGUUAAAGGUUAAUGGUGUGGAAUCAGGAGAGAAGAUCUCUGCUUAUGCAUUUAACCCAGAUGCUAUUUAUGGGGCAUCACACAUAGCUAUUUUACCAAACCACCGACUAUUGCAUGGGAGUAGUAAGUUAAAAGAAGCUUUGCAAGAAUCGUUAACAGCUGGAAGAGACUCUCUGACAUCCGUAUCAGCUUAUAAUCUGUUCACAAAACAAGAAAUUCCUGUUGUCAUCUCAGAAAAAUCUGAGUUUGAGGGAUACUUGGACACUAAAAUUGGUAUUCCAAGCACAAGUCUAGAAGAUAAGGCAAUAGCUGACAAGCUGGGACUCUCCUAUUGUAGAGUUAUUGAAGUUGUCAGUGAUGGUGCAGAGAAGAUGAUAAACUCAGGAGAGUUCACAGGUCUGAGCAGACAGGAAGCUUUUAAUGCAAUAACACAGCAAGCACAAGAAGAAGGAGUGGGUGGACACUUGACCAGUGACAAGUUGAGGGACUGGCUGAUAUCAAGGCAGCGUUACUGGGGAACACCCAUUCCCAUCAUACACUGCCCAUCUUGUGGCACUGUCCCUGUUCCUUGUGAAGAUUUACCUGUGGUCUUGCCUUCUAUGGCUUUGUUUACAGGGAAGGGGACUUCUCCUUUAGCAAGUGCCUCAGAGUGGAUACACUGCAAGUGUCCCAGGUGUGCAGGAGCAGCUGUGAGAGAGACAGAUACAAUGGAUACUUUUGUUGAUUCUGCUUGGUAUUAUUUCAGAUACACGGACCCUCAUAACACAGAGAGGCCAUUUGAAAAGUCGUUGGCGGAUUUCUGGAUGCCAGUUGAUUUGUACAUAGGAGGGAAGGAACAUGCUGUGAUGCAUUUGUACUAUGCCCGUUUCUUCAGCCACUUCUGCCAUUCCCAGGACAUGGUGAAACACAGGGAGCCUUUCCACAAGCUUUUGGUACAAGGCCUCAUCAAAGGACAGACAUUUAAACUAGCAUCAACUGGGAAAUAUCUAAAGAAAAACGAAAUAGAUCUUAGUGGUCCUGAUCCAACCCACACAGACACAGGAGAGAAACUACAGAUAACAUGGGAGAAGAUGAGCAAAUCAAAGCACAAUGGAGUUGAUCCAGAGGAGAUAGUGGAACUGUAUGGAAUUGACACUACACGACUCUAUAUCCUCUUUGCCGCUCCUCCGGAGCAAGACAUUUUGUGGGAUGUGAAAACUGAUGCUUUACCAGGCGUGCUGCGCUGGCAGUCUCGGCUUUGGUCCUUAACAAGCAAGUUUAUUGAAGCGAGAAGUUCUUUAACCAAGCCUAGCCCUAACCUUCUAAAUAAGAAGGAAGCGACAGAAGCACAGAAAAUCUGGCAGAGCAGAAACUCGAUUGUUUCGCAGGUAACCAGCCACUUCUCUGAAGAUUACUUGUUCAACGCAGCUAUUUCCCAUCUAAUGAGUCUCAGCAACAUACUCUCAAAUGCAUCACCAAUGGUUGUUCUACACAGCUCGGAAUAUGAAGAUGCCUUGGCUAGCCUCUGCAUUAUGAUUUCUCCUAUGACACCACACCUGGCCUCAGAGUUGUGGAAAGGCAUGUCUCAUGUGCAGCACAAGUUAUGCACACAAUAUAACUGGGAUAAGGAUGUGCUUCUUCAGUCCUGGCCUAGCGUUGACCCAGAAUACCUUCGCCAACCAGACACCGUAGAGGUUUUAGUACUGGUUAACAACAAGGCCUGUGGUAAAGUCAUGGUACCACACAAUGUCUCUCGGGAUUCAGAGAAGGUGCAAAACCUGGUGCUGCAAAGCGAACUUGGAGGAACACACCUACAGGGUCGUACCAUAAAAAAAGUGAUUCUCUCCCCAAGAACUUCCCUCAUCAACUUCCUUAUAGAUUGAGACAUGAUCAUCAUUUUUACAACAAAAAGAUAGGGGUGCUGUCUGUACAACUGUCUUGUAUUUUGCUGACCCACGGAGGAAGUAAGCACCAAUCAGGGGUAUUCUUUCAUAUAUGUUUUCUCAUGGGUCAUUUGUAUCAUGAAAAAGUAAUGGACUUAAAAGGACAACAAAUGGGAAAUAAAUUAUUAGAAAUGCAACUGGUAAAAACGUUUUUCUGAUUGCUGAAAGUUAUAUCACUUAGAAAUCUGUUAAUUUUAUGGUUCUAAAAAUGCUGUAUGAAAAACACUGAUCUGUCUCGUGUAUUAUUAUAUUGUUAUACUGGAACUGAGUGAUGUAGGCAAACCCGAAUACACCAAAAAAGGUGACAAUCCAAAACUAGUGUAUUAAAUAUUGUAUUAAAUUUCUAAAUCUCAUGUUACUGAUAUCUACAAAAUAAUGCAAUGUAUUUAUUUUUACCUGUAAUUGUUGAUUGGUUUACAGCCAAAAAAAGUCUUGAGUAUUCCUUAUUUACAUGACACCUUUCUAUUUUAUUCUUUCAAUUUUUUUAAAUGUACUUAGAGGGAUAUUAAAGCCAUUUUGUAUUUAUCACAUUAAAAUAGGUCUCUGAUUUGUAGCGUGGGUUUUUUAGCUCAGGUUGGAAAGUCAUUAUUUUAUUCAUCCUGUAAGAUCCAAACUUAAAUUAGGAAUAUAAAGAGACAUGUCCCAUAGAGGUAGACUGUAUAAAUCUGUAUAUUUAUAAUAAACUGCAGCUCACACAGUUGAUGCCUUGAUAUUUAAUUUUAAUAAUGUCAGACCCUAGUCAUAUUAAUUUCAUUGUAGGCAUUUUCUCCCUAUUGUUUUAGAUGUUCUCUAGGGGCUUUACAACACUGAUUCAUCACACUUAUUCUACACCUUUCCAUCCUGCAUAUCACCCUUUUGUCUAAGCUCCUUCAUUAUUCCUUCAAUUUGGCAGCUUGUUGGCAUGGACAGUAUGGUGAAGCAGUUUAUAGAAUCGCAGCACACUAGAUUGUAAGCAAAUGUACCUUAGUUAGUUUUCUAUUAGUUUAUCCUGCGUUGUCUUAAGCUUGUUUCUUUUCUUCCCAACCUUCUCUUUUAGACUGGAAUCUUAAGAGCCUCUCUACAUGUACUGUGUGUGGUGACAUAGCAUAUGGAUAUUAUCCCUGGAAUACUGACCUAGCUGUUAUUAAAAUCCAUUCCCCCCAGAUACACCUUUCUCGCUGAACUAGGUGUUCAAUUAAAGACACUCCCAUUAGCCUUGACUGGCGUGUGAUAGGCCAAACCCCAUUUGAAAUGAGAAUAAAAUUAGGAAACACUCUA